UCCUCUGUCCUCUACCCGCAGCCGCUGCACCCUGACCCGGCCUGGACGGAGCCGUGUCUCCCCCCCCCCCUCUCUCUCUCUCUCUCUCCCUCCUCAUUCGUCCGGAGAAGAGAUUCCUGUGAAGAAGACCAGGCACUGGGAUGGUGUUGAUGGAGUGAGACAUUGUUGUCAAGGGAGAUCAUACCAGACGAAGAGCAAAUUUGAAUUUAAUCACUGAAACUGCGUUGGAUCUGCACAAUGGAUGGAAUAGACGCCUUGCAGAGCUCGGCCCCAGAGACCAAGGCUGAGCGGAUUGCCCGCUACAAAGCAGAGAGGAGGAGGGAGCUUGCCGAGCGCUAUGGCAACACGGAGGAAUUAACCUCCAAAUAUGUCCGCAAGGACAAGAAAAUUGGUGAGACGUCCGAAGCAGUGCCUUCAGCGACCAAGGAUAAUGGAUCGGAGCCAACAUACAGCAGGAGGGGCCUCAGGAAUAAAGUGGUGGAACCUGUGGAGCACACGGAGGAUGAGCCCACCCAAGAAAAAGAGGCGACAACUCACCUCAGAACAGACACAACUUUAUCCUCUAAAUCAGAGCUCGUCUCCUCCGUUAAGACGUCCUCUCAUUUCAGGCGACGGGAAACCGAUGACAGCGAGGAGCCACAAGUCGAUGAUACACAUGUCAACUCCUCCAAGACGUCCCCUACAUCCAAAAAGUCUCUUUUUAAGGACCUGGAGGGGACAGGAGAUGGGAGCAGCCGUCGCCACGCCGAUGAUGCAGUAAAACGUCUAAUGAGCAGUGAGGAGGACGAAGCCUUUACCAGGCUUCAUAAAUCUGACACAGGCGAGACAAUGGGGGAGAAGGAGGCCUCAGAUGAACCUUCGUGGAACGAGCAGUGUGAAUACGAUGCCACCGCAGAGGGAAAAAAGCCUUCCAGUCUCCUUUCUGACAGCAAGCACAGAGACGCCUCUCCCCCUCCCUCCCCUCCCUGCCAGCCUGCCUCUCUGCAACGUCAAGACUCGGGCCCUCGAGGCAUCAAGGGAAUCCUAAAGAAAAGCCGCUCCACCAGCGUGGAGUCGGACCACAGCGAGGGCUCGACGCCUGAGUGCCCACCGGCUCGGCAAAGCAGCGUCACCCUCAGUCACCAUGAGAGCGAGGAAGAAACACAGGAGGAGGAUGAAGAGGAGGAGGAGGAGGAGGAAGAGGAGGAAGAACCCGAGGAUGAGGACAACGAGGAAAACGAAGGAGAGGAUGAGUCAUUGACUGAAGAUGUCACAGACGGCGGGAGCUUCAGCAUCAACAGACAGCACAGCGAGGGCAGCAGCAGCAGCAGAGGAAGCUUUGAGGAGAUGCAGAGUCCUUCGCCUGAUGAGAGUCUGGAGAAGACGUCCACAGUGUCGGAGGAUGUUGAGGAGCUGGAGAGCAGCUUGGAUGGAAGUGUUGGCUCCUCCCACAAACAGAGACUGUCAGACUUCAGCAGUAAAGAUGAGAAGAAGGACAGACUGAAGAAGUCAAAACCAUCCGAGCUGAUCCAGACGUCACUCGCCGAUCGCUUCAAUCAGCUCCACGAUGCUGAAAAUGCCUGGAAGAAAAAGAAGUCCGGUGUAGAAAUGGAGCCCAAGAUGUCGCUGACGGAGCGGAUGAAGAUCCUCAAGGAGAAGGAGGAGCAGUGGAAGAACAAAGGCAAAGGAGCAGCCAAUGACUCCGUCCAGUUCACUGUGGCUGGACGCAUGGCCAAGAGAGGUGUUGUCUCAGAGGAGUCGCCUCUGAACGCUCUCAAGAAAUCUAACGCCACGCCUGUGAAGCCGCAUGAAGAAAUCUCCAGUAGAUCUGAUGUGAAGGUGGAAGGAGAUAAACGUCUCGACAAACUCGAGUCCUUCCUCGACAAGCUCCACAACAAAGGCGUGAGCAAAAGCAAGACGUCCACCAUUGAGGUGACGGCAGAGACGGAGAAAGAAGUGAUGACCCUGGAUGACGAGGAGACGUUCGGUAACUUCUACCGAUCUGUCUCACCCUCCGCGCUCCAGGACUCCAGCGUGGUCGUCACAGAGGAGGACCUCAGCCAGAUUCAGGCCGAUACACCAAAACUCAUCUCAGCCGUAACAGAACACAAGCGUGCAGUGCGACCCGCCCGGAGAAAUCAGGGCUCCAGGAACCCUCUUCGAGCUCUGGCUGCCCGCAACGACCUCCGGCAGGUUUACACCGAACAGAGGCUCAACGUGGCCUCAGUGGAAACCAAGAGGAUCCAAGUGGAGAGGAUGGCAAAACACUCCAAGCACAACCUGGCCGACGUGGCCCUGGCGGGUCUCGCCAGCAAGGAGAACUUCCGCAAAGUCAGCCUGCGCAGCGUCAAGUCCACAGAUGUUGUGACCAACAACAGUGCGCUGCCUUUCAACAAGCUCAUGCUGAUUCGCAUCAAAGGUCGGAGGCACGUGCAGGUGCGCUUGGUGGAGCCCACAGCUCACUCUCUGAACAGCGGCGACUGCUUCCUUCUCAUCACGCCAAAGCACUGCUUCAUGUGGAGCGGAGAGUUUGCCAACGUCAUCGAGAAAGCCAAGGCUUCAGAGAUGGCAUCGUUUGUUCAGGCCAAGAGGGACCUCGGCUGUAAGGCGCCGCAGGUGACGUUGCUGGAGGAAGGAAUCAACACUGAGAGCAGAUGGGCCAAAGAGUUCUGGAGUCUGCUGGGAGGAAAGACCAAAUACAGAGAGGACCAGAUCAGGACAUGCAGCACCGGCCAGUUCACUUGUACCAAUGGAAACUGCAUCCCCCAGUCAAUGGUCUGUGAUGGCAACAGUGACUGUUGGGACAAUAGUGAUGAGGCUGCUGAACUACAGUGUGGACAACGUACCUGCAGUUCCAACCAGUUCACCUGCCCAACCUGGCAGCCCGGCCACCCACGCUGUGUGCCCAUAAGCUUUGUGUGUGAUGGGGAGAAAGAUUGUGCCAAUGCGGCAGAUGAGCUCCAGAACUGCCCCAAUCGGACCUGCCACUUGAACGAGUUUGCCUGUUCAAAUGGACUUUGCAUCUUUCUUCCCUUCCACUGUGACCGUGUGAACGACUGCGGGGACGGUAGCGAUGAGUUGGGCUGUACUUACGACACAUGCAAGAGUAAUCAGUUCACCUGUGGCAACGGAGCGUGCAUCCCCGCCUCCUUCACCUGCGAUGGCGAGAGCGACUGUACAGAUGGCUCCGAUGAAGAGGACAGCUUGUGCAUCACGCCACAGCCCACCUGUGCUCCUCAACAGUACAUGUGCAAGUCAGGCGAGUGUAUCGACAACAACAAGGUGUGCAACGGAAUGAAGGACUGCCAGGACAACAGCGACGAAAAAGGCUGUGGAGUCAACGAGUGCAGAAACCCCUCAGUCCACCAGUGUGCCCAGGUCUGCACCGACACCGUCACCAGUUACUACUGCUCCUGCCACCCUGGUUACCAACUCAUGCCGGACGGCAAAGCUUGCGAGGACCUCAACGAGUGUCUAAGAACACCAGCCGUCUGCAGCCAGAUCUGUGAGAACUCUGUUGGCUCGUACCACUGCAAAUGUGCCCCAGGGUACAUCCGUGAGGCAGAUGGUCGCACCUGUCGUCAGAACAGCGGCAUUGCCCCGUACCUGUUGUACAGUAAUCGCUACUACAUCCGCAAUUUGACCACAGAUGGGUCACAACUGAGUAUAGUCCUGCAGGGGCUGUCGAAUGCGGUGGCAUUAGAUUUCGAUCACUAUGAGAAGAGGCUUUAUUGGCUGGAUGCAGGGGCAGGAAAGAUUGAGAGGAUGCGCUUUGACGGGACUGACAGGGAGACAGUGAUUGAAGAAGACAUUAGAGGAGCUGAAGGCAUCGCGAUCGACUGGGUGGGCAGGAAGUUGUACUGGGUGGAUGGUUAUUACGCCUCACUUCAUGUAAUGGAGCUGGAUGGGCGUUACCAAAAGAAGCUGCUGUCAGGGGAGUUCACAGAUGGAAAUACUACUUACAUCAUCAGCCGACCUCGUGCUGUAGUCGUCAACCCUAAAUAUGGGUGGCUGUACUGGACCGAUUGGGCUGACGCAGCAUAUAUCGGCAGAGUCGGCAUGGACGGAAGCAACGUCAGCGCCAUCAUCACAACCAAGCUGGAGUGGCCUAACGCCCUAACCGUCGACUACACCACCAACAAGAUCUUCUUUGCUGAUUCACACCUUAACUUCCUGGACUUUGCAGAUAUGGACGGCCAGAACCGACACCGGGCCAUUGCCGGUUCUCUUCCUCAUGUCUUUGCCGUUUCCCUGUUUGAGGACUGGGUCUAUUGGACAGACUGGAACACACACACGGUGGAGAAGGCCCACAAGUACACCGGCGAGCAGCGCACAGUCAUGGGGAACAACACACAUCGACCCUAUGACAUUCAUGUCUACCACCCCUACAGGCAGCCUCGGAGUGAAAACCCCUGCUCCUCCCAUCACCUGACCUGCAGUCAUCUGUGUCUGAUCGCACCUGGUGGGCAACAAGCUUCCUGCGAGUGUCCCGAUCACUUCAUCGGCCUCUCGGUGGGCUUCAAGAUCCAGUGUGUCGCUGACUGCAGCAGCACCCAGUUCCGCUGUGGAGACAAUGAGAGGUGUGUGCCCAUAUGGUGGAAGUGUGACGGCCAGUCUGAUUGUGGUGAUGGCUCAGAUGAACCUCAGACCUGCCCCCCCCGUCUCUGUCCUAUUGGCCAAUUCCAGUGUCAAGACGGUAACUGCACCUACCCUGGCUUCAUCUGCGACGGCCACUCGGACUGCUCCGACAGCUCAGACGAGGAUGCUGCUCUCUGCAGUGACCACAGAUGCCAAGAAAACCAGUUCCAGUGUAAAAACAAGAGGUGCAUCCCUGUGUCCUGGCAUUGUGAUGGAGUAGAUGACUGUUCGGACGGCAGUGACGAGGACGCAGAGACCUGUGCCCAGAAAACCUGUCGACCGGGACAGUUCCAGUGUGCCAACGGGCUCUGCCUGCCGUCAAGCUACGUGUGUGACGCCCAGAACGACUGCGGAGACGGAUCUGAUGAACCGUAUGAAACCUGCAGGGGUCCAGACUACAAGUGUGACCCAGACACUGAGUUCUCCUGCAAGACAAACUACCGCUGCAUUCCUCAGUGGGCCCGCUGCGACGGCACCAACGACUGCAUCGACAACAGCGAUGAGCAAGGCUGCGAGGAGGUGACCUGUGAUCCUCUGGGAGAUUUCCGGUGUGACAACCACCGCUGUGUUCCCAUCCGCUGGCAGUGUGACGGCAGCAAUGACUGUGGGGACGGCUCAGACGAGAGGAACUGCCAGCCAAGGCCCUGCUCUGAAAGUGAGUUUCGAUGUGACAACGCACAGUGCAUCUCUGGAAACUGGGUGUGUGACCAUGACAACGACUGUGGGGACAACUCGGACGAACGAGACUGUGAUUUGCAGACCUGUCGCCCGGGUUUCUUCCAGUGUGACUCGGGUCAUUGUCUCCCUGCUGCUCUGCAGUGCGAUGGCCGGCCUGAUUGUCAGGACCUGUCAGAUGAGACCAGCUGCCCUACUCGUUACCCAGGGGGCCGUUGGUGUCCCCCCAGCCAGUUCGAGUGUGCGAACCAUCUGUGUGUGAGCCAGGGCUGGGUGUGUGACGGCAUCGACGACUGCGGGGACCGCUCAGACGAACAGCUCAGUUUGUGCUUGAACAUCACCUGUGAGAUGCCGUCCAGGUUCCGUUGUGCCAACGGCUAUUGUGUCUACUCUGGCGUACUGUGCAACCAGAAGGACGACUGCGGAGACGGCAGCGACGAGAGCGAAGAAAUCUGCCGUGAGCCCACGCCACCGCCCUGCACGCUGGAAGAGUUCAAAUGCACCAACGGAAACUGUGUGGCUCUGCAGUACGUGUGUGACCACAACGACAACUGUGGGGACCGCACCGAUGAGUUAGGCUGCAAUUUUGGCCACGAUCGUAACUGUGAGGAGAAACUGUGCCAGCACGAGUGCACCAACCUGAACGGCACCGGCUUCAUCUGCUCCUGCCGACCUGGAUACAGAGUGGACCCUGACAGCACCUACACCUGCCUGGACAUCAAUGAAUGUGAGGUGUAUGGCACCUGUCCUCAGAUCUGCAAGAACACCAAAGGUGGCUACGACUGUGAGUGUGCGCCCGGAUACAGGAGAGUCGGCAACGGCAACAUGUGCGAGGCUGAAGGAGCGACUCCCCUGCUGCUUCUACCGGAGAACAUUCGUAUCCGGAGGUUCAACCUGCAGACGGAGGCCUACCACGACUUCCUCCAAGAGGAGGAGCGGAUCAUGGCUCUGGACUACGACUGGGACCACAACAACACUGGACUCAGUGUGGUUUACUUCACGGUGGCCAGUAAGGACUCUGUGGCAGGAGCCAUCAGGAGAGCGUACAUCCCUUCAGUGGAUGAUGGCAGUAACAACAUCGGUGCUGCCGUCGACCUCGGCAUCAAAUACAUCACCAGACCAGAUGGCAUCGCCGUGGACUGGGUGGGCAGGAACCUUUACUGGGCAGACUCCAGGUUGAAGCGGUUGGAGGUGGCCAUGUUGGAUGGACGCUACAGGAAGCACCUUGUGAAAACUGAAUUAGGUCACCCAUCUGCUGUGGCUGUCAACCCACGACUGGGGAUGUUGUACUGGGCAGACCGCGGGGAAGCAGCCAAGAUUGAGUGCUGCUGGCUGGACGGACAGGAGAGGAAAGUCCUGGUGGCAGACGGCCUGGGUUGGCCCACUGGACUGUCAAUUGACUUCACCAACGGCGACAGAAUCUACUGGUCCGACUCCAAGGAAAGCCACAUCGAGUCGGUUCUGCCGUCAGGGGAGGACCGUAGAACGGCUGUUUACAUAGAUGUGAGGAACCCCUUCAGUGUGAACGUGUUUGAGGACCAUGUUUACUGGAGCACGCAGGAGAAAGGCGAGGUGUUCCGACAGGACAAGUUUGGCCGCGGAGCAAAGACCAAGCUGCUCACUGCUGGACCCUGGCUGACCCAGGUCUCUGUGUACCAGCAGCAGAGAUACAACUCCAUAGGCAUGAAGAAUCCAUGUAAGGGAACCUGCAGCCACCUGUGUUUGCUGCGACCGGGAGGUUACACGUGUGCCUGCCCCGAGGGAACCAUCUUCAUCCCCGGCAGUAACACCGAAUGUGAUGCUGGAUUUGAUCCACCACCUACCAUGCCUCCGCCAUGUCAGUGUCAAAAUGGAGGCACCUGCUACUUUGAUGACAACAAGGCUCUCUGCAAAUGUCCUCCAGACUGGGGAGGAGAAUACUGUCAGACAAACAUAUACGACGUGGUCGCGUCCACAAUUGGAAUAGCCAUCGGGGUGACAGUCGUGAUUGUGCUUCUGCUCGUUGCUCUGGUCUACGCUUCCAGGAAGAAAUCCAACCUGCUGGAGAGCCUGCGGAGCAACUUGCCCUCCAUGCCCAGUAUGCCCUCUUUUCCAAACCUGGCCAACUUCAGGAACGGUGCGAAUCGAAAUGCAGCGACAACGGAGGACAGUGAAACAAUGAUGAAUUCAAAGGUGGCCGGCAGCACAACGACCAUUCAGGUUCCUUCUAUGUCCAUGUUGGACACGGAGCAGAACAAUUUUGAGAACCCGGCGUACGAAGCUGGAGAAGCAGUCGCCUCCAGCAGCAGAGGGACGGUCUCCUCCGCUCCUGGUGGAACAAACAAGGGGAACAUUGAAAAUCCGUUGUUUAUGGAAGACGUUCAUAUUGUGAAUGAGCCCAAGAGGACUGCAAGCAAACCUGCUGUUGACGGAAAGGAGACGUUUGAGAACCCAGCAUACGGCUCACAGAAAGGUGAUGUUGACGUCAGGUCUGCACAACCUGCAGCUUCAAGUGUACAGUUUGACUUGACUGGAGAAGACAGUUUUGUGUCUUUCAGAAAUCCCACGUACGCGGAACAAACACGAGCCAUCGCUCCUGACUAUGACGUUUGACGUCACAUCUUCAUCAGAGAUUAGACUGGACCACGUUUUCAAGACUGAAACCUCAUUGUUUAAAUAAAUCGGUUCGACCAUCCACACAUUUCAAACGCUGACAGACCUGGAACAACUCAGACAAGAUUGUUUGUAAAAGAAAAAUGUAUUUUGUAUCAAAUUCGAACUUGACUUUGAUUUCAGUGGAGUUGUUAGUGUAAAAAAGACCAAAUCAUAUAAAUGAUCUUAAUGUGACUAAUAUGAGUCACUUAUUCCUUCGCCAAGGCCCAACGGACAACAGAUAAAAUAUUUUCUAUUUCGAUCUGCACCAAAUGGCAUAAAUAUCACUCCCCUAAAUAAGACUGAUUCCUUUUCACCAAAAUCUUUGAAUUAUUCUUUGAGAAAGGAAAAUGUUAAAAAAAUCUACAGUGUUAAAGAAAAAUAUUGAUCUGGAGCCUCACCAAAAUUGAAUGGCUUCUUCUUCGAGUCAUGUCAAACACCUAAAACUAAAUUCCAUGGAAAUCAGUUGUGUGUUUUUUGUGUAAUCCUGCUAACAAACAGACAAACGCAGAUUUAAACAGGACCUCCUUGGCGGAGGUGAGAAGUGACUGAAAACUUGUACAUGCU